AUGCGAGGCUGCUACCCUGCACGCCAGGCCGGCCCGCGGAGGAAGGAUCAGGAGACCCUGAGGAUGGGCGGCGGUUCGCGACGUUCAUUGGUGAGGCGCGGGAGGCAAGACGGGCUGGGAUGGGAUACCAGCGUUUGCGACGACGCGUUGCCACUGUCUCUCUGUGUGUGGGUGUCUGGCUGGUGGCUGCGCGUGUGGAAAGAGUGCCGUGCCGUGCUCUGCUCAUGGACGGCCUGGCCUGGCCUGGCCGGCAUGUGCCUCGACGCCAGAGCACGGGAUGCGAUGCUCGUCCUCCGUCAUGUCGCCCGUCGCUAG